AUCCCCUGGGAGCAGAUGGUGAAUGGUGGCUUACCUACAUGCCCUGAAUCCAAGGAGUAUAUAGGAGUCUGUGGCCAUGUUGUGAGAUGCAAUGCUGGCUUUAAACAAGUCUGAAAAACACGGCUGAUAAAAGCUCGUCAUAAGGAGAAAAGACUGAGAUGACAACCAGACAAGACGUGAUGUUGUUGAGCAGCGCUGCUGUUUUGCUGGUGCUCUGUGUGCAGCACCUACAUGGCUCUGCCCUUCCUGCUGUGUCCUCCUAUGAGUUCACUGCCUACAGGAUGCAGCAGUACAAUCUGGCACGGCAGAAACAUGGUUGCCGUGGCGCCAUAGUUGUGGCGGAGGCACGCUCUGCAGACGAACCAUUGCUGACCCGCCGUUGUGUCAUUAUGAAGGUUCAGGACUUCACUGUGGAGAAAUACUUUGAGGCCCUGAGACAGAAUGCUGCUGCCGUACUGAUUUUACUGCCACAAAAUAUCUCCAGCGUUCCACAUGAGACAGUAAAGUCCUUCAUGGUGACUGAGAAUGAGGCCUUGCAGAAGGAAACUCUUAUUCCAUUGUACGUUGUUCCUGAGGAUGAACAGUUGCUUUACAUGUAUGAGGAGGUGAAGCAGGCUGCAGCCUCACGGACCUCAUCCAUAUUUGUUAGAGUCCUUCGAAGUAUGGUCACCGCCACAGCAUUUCAAAUCUUAGUGAGCAACAACAAUGCCAUUAAGGCCAUAACUGACAACACUAUUGUCACAUUGGAGGGUGUGCUGCCUGGAACAGGAGAGGAUGCUCCCACCAUCGUCAUCACCGCCCACUAUGACUCAUAUGGACUGGCUCCGUGGCUAUCAUAUGGAGCGGACUCUAAUGGCAGUGGAGUCACCAUCCUGCUUGAACUGGCACGUCUCUUCCAGAAACUUUACAGCAGCUCCAGCACCAGACCACAGUAUAAUUUAAUGUUUUCCUUGACCGGAGGAGGAAAAUACAACUUCCUUGGCACGAAGAGAUGGAUUGAGGAGAACCUUGAUCAUGCCGAGUCCAGCCUGCUUCACGACAGCGUGGCAUUUGUCUUGUGUUUGGACACGGUGGCCAAAGGUGAUGAACUUUAUGUGCAUGUGUCGCGCCCUCCAAAGCCAGACACUCCUCUGCACUCUUUCAUUCAACAGCUGGAGGAGGUGGUUUCCUUCAGAUUUCCCUGGGUGAAGGUGGGAUUGGUGCACAAGAAGAUCAAUCUUGUAGAGUCAACAGUGGCCUGGGAGCACGAACGCUACAGCCUACGGAGGAUCCUGGGCUUCACUCUGUCUCAUGUGGAAGAUCCUAAAUCUGAGCUUCGCGGUUCUAUACUGGACACAAUGUCCCAGGUGGAUUCUAGGAAACUUAAACGAAACGGCAUCAUCAUAGCAGAAGCACUGGCCCGGUAUAUGUACAAUCUCUCAGACAAGGGUUCACCAAAGGAUGUUCAGGUUUUUAAGGGUCACUUGGACUUUCAGGACAGUCGCAUGUCCAGUUUGAUGUCCUUUUUGACCUCAGUGCCCCGGGCUGCCCAGCUGCUGCACAAGGAACCCAGUCAGAUCCUGCUGGUCAACUCACUGGAGCACAAGUUCAAGAGCUACCUGCAGCAGGUCCAUAGACACACCUUUCGACAGGACAAGAGGGACCCUGACAUCACCUUUUAUGAUCAAAUGAACCAACCAAUUUUGAUGUACAGGGUGAAACCAGCAGCAUUUGAUCUCUUCUUAGGAGGAUGCAUCACUGCUUAUUUGGGGAUUGCUUACUAUUCAAUCCAGAAUUUUGGCCAUCUGUACAACAAACUUAAAGCUGCAGUGAAAACCAAGCAUCAGUGAAAGCUUCAAGUAUCCCAGCUUUGAGGUUUCCUAGGCUGAUGACGGGCAUCUGUUUCACAGGCUGUGAAGAACUUUCUAACAGUGAAAUAAAAAGUGUGCAUUUGCUUGGUGCUGUAUGAGAUGUUCAAAGAUGUUUGUAUGUUUCUCAGAAAGGACUUUCUAGCAAUUCUUAAAAUUUAGAAAUUAAGAAAUUAAAGUGUUUGUCAUCAAAACUG